AUGGUAAUCCUUAUCGAAUCUGACGGACGAGCUUACCUUUCCAUCCCGAAGGUAGACGUUUUGAGUACACAAAAUUACACAGGUGGGUUUUCAAUUAGUGUAGGGACGGUGGUGGUUGUGGUUGUCGUCGUCGUCGUGGUGACGGUAUUGGUGGUGAUGGCGAUGAUACCGUCGGUCACCGUUACUGUCACCCAUUCCCCGCUUUUGUCCUGCCGUUCAGAUACCUUCUAUGCUAGCCCCAAAGCUCCGUCUAUGCGUAUUUGGGCUUUUUACAUCCUAACAGCCGUGGUGCCGGCAAAUUCCGCUUCCGGAAAAGCCUCGCAACAUAGAUCGCUCGAUCAGGAGAUGCGUGAGGCGGUCGUCAAAAUGCGUAUCAAGGGCGGUGCUGUGGUGGAUCCAGACUCCGGCAUGGAGGACAUCGCCAGUGUGUUGAAGGACAGCAAGGGUCGUCCUCUCUCUGCCAUCCUCGGAAUGGUGGACCUUGUUAAGGGCGUCAAUUCCUACUACAGGUUAGUUCGGAUGUUCAGCCAAAUUGCAUGUUUUGCCUGGUGCAUUCUAUCUAAGCCCCGCUUCCUUCGUACAGGCUGCAGGUCCUCGUCUCAGACAAGGAGCCCAAACGGUACUGGGUUUUCCGCGCUUGGGGCCGCACCGGCACCACCAUUGGUGGCAACAAGAUCGAGUCUUUUGCCAAUGCGCAUUCGGCCACCGAACACUUUGAGGACCUGUACCGUGAGAAGACGGGCAACUACUGGGGCACCAGAAAGGAAGACUUUGAAAAGAUACCCUUCAAGUUCUAUCCUCUGGAGAUGGACUACGGCGAGGUCUGUUACCUCCAUUUUACUUCCUUAUUUACUUGAAGUAGGAAAUUGAAUGUGAUCCUUGGGUUGUGACAGGACCAGUGAACACACCGCUCAUAUGUCCCGUCUGACGUUUGUUUGUCGCAGUCUGUGAAUGGCACACCCUCCCCCCUCACUCUUAUGCAUACUUCGGUCUUUUUUUAUCUAGGAAUCAACGAAGACGAAGGGAGAGGAGAUUCAUCAUAUUCCCUCGAAACUGGAAGUCCGGAUUCAGGCUCUAAUGCGCUUCCUCUUCGAUGAAGUCUCCAUGCAGAAUGCUCUCCGCGAGUUCGAGGUGUGUGCACUUUAUUUGCCUUUCACUAGUUGCUUCUGUUUAGUAUCUGCCUGGAGCCGGUAUUACACCUUCACGAUAUAUAUUUUAUACUACUCGUAGUACUAAUUGUUUGUAGAAUGGACAUUACAUGGUUAUUCCACAGUAGUUGAUUGUCUUCGACUCGAAUUUUUAUUGAAAUUUCAGGUCUGACCCUAAACAGUCAUGUCCCAGUGACCUAACUCCAUGUUCUGUACUGAAUGAUGUCUGAAAUUAUUCAUUUUCUUAUUCCCUGGAGUUUAUAUACCAGAAACCGCAUAGGGAACGCUGCGGUAGCCAUCGAGGAGCCGAGCCCCCCGCAGCUGCGUCACGCAGCCGCAAAAUAUCGACGAAACACGUGUCUGGACUUUUUUUAGUGCCUGUGUUGGCAGUACGGUAUAAUACGUUUGCCAUGUACAUAUCUAUACAUAUUGAAAGGUAGGCACCCCAAGCGAUAUAAGUUGCAAAGAGAUGGGUUCUGUGGGACAAGACGGUUUACUGCGUAAAUUUUCGACGCCGGUUCCCCAGGUCGUCGUCAGACGCAAGCGGAAAGCACUCUUGACGUUAGCUGUUUCUCGCUUUCACAUUUGCUUUCCGCUUGCGUAUGACGACGACCUGGGGAACCAGCGUCGAAAAUUUACGCAAUAAACCCUCUUGUCCCACAGAACCCAUCUCUUUUCAACAUAUAUAUAUAUAUACAUGUGUAAUAGUAGAGGGACCUUACCGAUCGUGUUAAAAAGACAAAGGAGACGUCGCCAAAUCUCUGGUUUGCGCAAUCCAGACUUGGAGCCCAGAGUCUUUGGUCGUUAAAAUAAACUUUCAACCGUUAAGCGACAGCCGUAUCCUCACCCCUGUAUGACUGUCUGGUCCACUCUAGAUUGAGCUCCACAACUCAACGAGACGAGCCCCCUCCGUGUUGUAAGUGUAUUAAUAGGUGAUCCACCCAUGCGUAUAUAUUGCAGUAUUAGCCAUUGAUGAUAAAGGCACUCUACGGGAGCAUUUACUGUUUUGAUGGACUGCACCAGAGAACGUAGCGGACAGUCAAUUUACAAGCUUUAGUACCAACUAAAACGAUAUUUUCGUUUCAAACGGGGCGCCACUUCGCAAACGGACUCACUAUCUGGACUAACGAUUGGCUCUCACUUAUUCGCACCGCGCUUGUUCCCAGUGCCCACCUACUUCUUGCUGGAUGUAGAAUGAAUAACAUCACCCGGCGUUUGAAUUUACUCUUUUCCGACGUCUAAGGGAUCGGGUGGGUGGGGGAGGAGAAAGUGCGGUAGAUGCUGCGCAAGUCGCCGUCCCUGCUCCCUGCACGUUGCUGGGCAACAGCAUCGCUCGCGGCGGUCAAACUGUCAUGUUCUAAGUAACUUGGGGUCUCCGUCUUUGAGUCCGAAGACCUCAUAUUAUGGAAACAUUUUUCUUACACUGCCGUUCCCACUCAUGUUUUUUAACCAAUGCACUAAUUUCCUUCGAUUCAGAAUGCUAACUUGAUAUUUCGUCUUACUCCAUCCUGCUCCUCCUUCCUCAUCGCUACAGAUCGACAUUCGUAAAAUGCCCCUGGGAAAGUUGUCUAAAAACCAGAUCCAGGAGGCCUACGGCAUUUUGGGCGAAUUGAGCAAAUUACUCAGCACAAAGCCACCCAAGUCGGAAGCGGCCAUUGCAUCCAGACACACUGCCCUCAUCAGCAACUCCACUCAGUUCUUCACCCUCAUACCGCACGACUUUGGUCUUAAGGCCCCGCCCAUACUUGACAGUCUGGACGUUAUCAAGACCAAGUCUCGCAUGCUUGAGGAUCUCCUGGAGAUGGAGGUGGCCUAUAGCCUCAUGAAGACGGAUGACAGCCAUGUGAAUCCGCUGGAUGAUCAUUAUGCCAAACUACACAAUCGCAUCGAGGUGUGUUGCCUUUAGUUGGAAACAAAAAGCCCUACUAGUUAUUUUUAAGUAGACACGAAUGUAUACUAAUUUGUUUUUGCUCGUAUUCAGCCGCUUGACCACGAGUCCAAGGAGUUUUUGCGCAUAGUGGAGUACAUGCAGAAGACACACGCCAGCACACACUCUGCAUAUACCCUCGAAGUGGUCGACAUCUUCAGCGUCGAACGCGAGGGUGAGGCGGAACGCUAUCAGGCCUUCAAGGAUUUGUCCAAUAAGAUGCUUCUCUGGCACGGUUCACGACGCACCAACUGGGCAGGGAUCCUGUACGUUCCUCAUGUCUUUGUUCUCCCAUUAAUUCCAAAGACACUUGUGAGGAGUCUCUGGUGUCCUUUUAAAAUACAUUUUUUUCAAGUCUGUGUUGCUUGGGAUCAAACCCUCAGGGUCUUGAGACCAGCGGCGCCGGAUCGCUUUCACGCUUUUACAGUUUUCCGCCGAUGUGUGGACAGUCUUUCCAUUUUAAGAUUCCACCCUCUAAGCAUGAAGAGUCCACAAAGGUUUUUACCUCAACGUAUGCCCUAGGGUUUUCAAAGCGGUUUCUGUUUGGAAUUGUGCUGAAUGCACGCCCCCUCGACAAAUCUAAUUACCUAUACACUUCAUUCGUCUCACCGUCUGAUGGCCGGUGGAAACCUGCCCAAAGGCUGUCACAAGCAGCGAUUUAACUACGACCCCGAAUGCCUUUUUGCGGCUUAAGGACCCGCGUUAAUAUCCCCAUUAUCCGUUAAGGUUGUGUGAUGCAGUUACAGACAUUUCACUAGACAAUUUUAAGAGCUCAGAUACUUUUUUGCGUUCCUUAUUGUACAAGUUUUUUGGCAAGGGUCAAUUCCGCUGUGGGCAUUGAAAGUAAAGUAAGCUGAAAAUCGUUAGUGAGGAAAGUAGCCGAGGCUUAAACGGGAAAUCUGCCGCGAGAUUGAAGGAAGCCUAGAAUUCCCGCCAAAGACCUGGCUGACAGGAAACGCGGAGUAACAAUACCCAAAACCCAACGGUAAAACUAACCAUAACAUCAAAAGUAAACCUAAUCCUUAACGUAAUUAUAAACCUAAAGCCAACCCUAAACAGUAAACAAACCCUAGCCCUAAGCCUAAUCUUAGCCUUAAAAUUAACCAUAACCCCAACCUUACCCGUAGCCCUAACCCUAACUCCAACCUUAACACUGAGCGUAAACCUAAACCGCAAUCCGAACCCUAACUCUAACCGGAACCCUUAAACUUAGCACAAACCCUAACCCUAAACUCAAUUAUCAGUCUGACACUAACCCAAACUCUAAAACUAACUCUACUUAUAAACCUAAACAUCAGGUUGCUAUUUUACGUUUUAGCUUUGGCUAUUUUCCCACUAACGAUUUCAGCAUCCUCCUUAGGCUUACUUUACUUGCAAUGCCCACAUUGCACUUGAACUUGAGACCAAGACAGCGUGACCCCGACCCCUACCCGUUUUCUGCCUAACAGACGACGUAAGACGUGGUGCUCUUGUCUGACGAUCUAUGCCCAUUGCACGACCGAGUCUGAGUCGAUUCUGUUUUUUCAGAGCGUUUGGCCUAAAGAUUCGUUGAUCUGUUAAAAGCCAAACCCUGGACGCGCCAGCACUUGGGGUUCUGGUGUGGGGCUGGCUGAUGAAUGAGCCAGAAGCGUCCGCUCCGGUCUCUUAUCUCUUCCGGUAGCGUUUCUAAUUUUUUUCGUGUCCUCAACAGACAGGAAAGAUUUCAGUCAGCGCCAGUUGUUCUCGGGUUAUUGCAUACGGUGAAGAUUAUCGUAGAUGCGUUCACCGAUCAGGUUACCGGGCAAGCACGCCCAGUUACGCCUUGGGCUUGAUGCACAGCUGCAUAGCGACCGGUAUUCAAUGCAGAGAGGGAGUUAAUGUGAAGGCGAAAUUUCGAGUUCUAGAUGUAUGCACAAGGGAAGAAGAAGAAGAGGGUUCGAGCAUCGGGACAUUUUGUUUAUUGUCCUGAGCUUUCGAAGUUGAUGUUUCUGACUACGAUCGACAGGACAGCGAGCCCCUAACUCAGUGCUAGGGCGCUGGACUACUUGGCGUUCAGUGAGCAAAGAACUCCGGUUCGACUCCGAGGUUAUCAAGACCUUGGAUUGUGUAUGACAGCCAAUCAACCGGAAACGGCCAUCUCGACCUCCUUUGUCUUUAUUAGUACUGGUUUUUUGCUGUGAGGACUUUGGGCAGCCGGGGGUUCAGCGGUGACUUUUGCAGAAGUCGCCCAGACUUGCGCAGAACCUUCCACACCGUCUUUGAAACCUGUUGUUUUGAAAACGUAAGACUGGAGAUUGGCGGGUCCUGCAGGAGUGCUCCCCCAUACACGUCCCGCAACACAGCUGGUUCCUUUUUGCGGUCUAAACCAGGUUACACAAGAAUGCCCCGGCGUUAAGAGAGGGCACUCGCUAACUGCCUCAACUCGAAACGGCAUAGGAAUCUGGCCUCCGGGCCCAACCCAAAAUGAGAGCUGAGUGUCAGGUAGCGUCAGAGUGCGAAAACUACCGUAAGCAUCCAGCCUCCGGGUGCGGUUGCCAAUCCUCCAAAGCGCCCACGCUCCAUUGUGUUCUUAUGGUAGUACAAAGCCGAGAUUACUGGCUUAGUGACUUAAAAGAAAACCGCACAGCCCACGGUCUGCUUCCUAACCCCGCCCCUACGAGGAUUCGUUGGGACAUGAGGUUUCGAAUCUCACGCAAAUGAUUAACAUCAAAGCCAAGUUAAGAUGCCGUUGACUGGCAACCCUUUAGAGUACAAGUGACAGCGUGUGCCAGAUUUAGCCGCUUCAGACUUGUCACUGCGAGGAUUGUGAGAAUUCGCCACUAGGUUGGAUUCCUCUUCACUGUGUAACCCACAUUCUUCCUGCAUGCACUAGUCGAUUGUCUGAGCCGCCCAAGUAACCGGUGGUUGGGAUGACUAACGUUGUGUAAAGACCUUCGUCGACGGUGUGCCGCCCUCCUUUACGCUCAGGGACACGCACAGACUCGAUAAAACCUCAUGAAGGCGUUUGAUGGGCCAGUGUGACCCUCGACACACACGCAGCAUAGUCCGUUUGAGAGUGUGUUUAUGUGUGCCUGUAUUAUGUAAUGCAUGGAUCUAUUAGGCCACAUGGGCGGUAGAAAACCACCGGCUGUUUCACGCCAUCACUCCCCCUCCUCACUGGCAUCUCACCGCACAUCCACAUCACCCAACUGCCACCUCCCGCGCAAAUGGGAAGUGCGCGUCUCGUUCCCUUCACCAUGUGGUUCCCCUGCUGAAUGUAUGAUCGCAGUCUGUAAAGAAGACAGUGCGUCGAGCACCAUGGCUCGGAAGGCAGCCGACUGACGCCCCAACUCAGUCCACGCAGUCCGCCCAGUUGUGCGUUUGUGUUGUGUGUAGUGGUGGACAUCUCGGUCCCCAUGCGGCUUCGGCUGCACGGGUGACUUGGGUCCGAGACUAUCCCGACACGUCAAGCGUCGUGGAUAGGAAGGUUGCUGAUUGACGCCUGCUCUCGGUUCACGCAGUUCGUCGCGUUGUGUGUGUGUGUGUGUGUGUGUGUGUGUUGUGUGGAGUGGCGGACUGGUGGGCUUGGAACGGGCUGAAACAGCACCUUCCACGGCACUCUCACGCAAGUGAGAGACACGCCGUUCAACCCCCGUUGUGUGAAAUCCUGGUGUUUGUGUGUGUAUGGGGGGCCAGGUCGUGCCGUGGCGCGCGCAGUCAUGGUCAGUCGACCAUGACAGCCACCGCGCCCAUUUUCCACUCCAGUCUGCUGACCGGCUCGGAGAGCGACUGGGGUGUGGGAUGGGAAGGGAGAGUGAGGUCGACGACUCAGCGCACUUUCUCCUCACUAUAAACAAUCUGACGCGCUUGAAGCUAUCACGGUGCGCUAAAAGCCGUGGCUUAGGAAGGUUGUCAACUGACGGGUAACUUGGACCUCCUCCUUGACCGGAGGCGGUCUGAGAGUCAGGCUGCAAUGGCUCCUUUUUAAUGUGGCCUUUAUGGCACUCCCAUCACAGUGUGGGAUCCGAGCCAGGCGUUGGCGGCACGCCCAGGUGCGGCUUCGGCCGUGCCAGCCUCCAAAUCUCUCUUGUGUUGGUUGAAAUCCUGGUUAUUUGUUGUGUGGACCAGGGGGUGUGGUGGAACGCCAAGGUGAGGAUCCGUCCGAGCCAUCCACCUGCGGCCUCUCUCGGCUCCGGUCUUCUUGACUCUGUCUUGACACCGGGCUCGGGCAAGGGAGGAGGAGAGAGUGUAGGUAGAUGCUACGCAAGUCUACCGGCACUAUAAACCCCUGCGUAAGUCAUCGUCUCUGCUCCCAUUGCUGCUGCAACUGUGGGGCACACGGUGGACAUCAUCGAAACCGAUGGUCGAACUGUCGGUGGACUACUGAGCUUAGAACCAGACUGUCACGGCCCCUUCUCAAGCGAUCUGUGACACUCAUGCAUUUGAGGAGUGUUUUUGUCAGUGCUUUAUGAGUAGUGCAUCUAUGUCAACGACUGUUUAGUUACCCAACUUUAAGAGUAAAGGCCCAGGCUAAAUGCAGGAUCACGUAUCGCCCAUCUAGAUCAAAAGGUUCUAAAGCGUGUGCUGUCCCCGGUUCAGCAAACCAUGACCCACGCAGCCGGGUAUGCGUCGGCAGUUCUCUGGCACCUGGUUCCCUGCCGGUAGAUGCGCUUGCGCUCCCGCCAGGUAUACAACUGGUAGGCAUGGCUGCUCAGUCAUCACCCUCGUCCUCCAAACCCCUGUUGGGGUGUUGUCGCUGUUGUUGUUGGUGAAAAAUCCUGGUCAAGUGUAUGUUGUGAACCACGGGAUGUGGAGUGGAACGCCAAGGCGCGGGCUCGACCGUGCCAUCCGCCUGUACCCCCGCCCGCUUCCGGUCUUCUUAACUCUGUCUUGAAACCGGGUCCAGGUGGGGAGUGGGGGAAGGGGAGAGUGCGGUAGAUGCAGCGCAAGUCUACCCUCUCUAUAAACUAAUUCACACGCAAGUCACCGUGCCUGUCGCACCUUGCUGUGGAGCACACGGUGGACGUCGUCGGAAUCGACGGUCGAAUUGUAAUGUUUUAGGGGAUGUCUGUGCCGUAGUGUUUACUGUGGGAUUACAGUGCGGACACAGAAGGCGUGACUGGCAAGUUUUGGUAGGCCUUGAGACUCUGGUUCCCAGGUCACACUGGGACGCUUUCGCAAGUGUGAACCUACCAGACGCAUAUGUGAUUCAUGCAGCCACUAUUCUAAUGCGUGCAUGUGUUCUUCUGCUGUGAAGCACUUUUUUCUGACUAACAGCUGGCUGGACUUUUCUUUCAAAAUGAUCUUGUCCACUUUGAUUGGCGUCUUGCGUUCCUUUCCGCACAGGGCUCAGGGUCUUCGCAUCGCCCCUCCCGAAGCGCCCGUUACUGGCUACAUGUUCGGGAAGGGUAUCUACUUCGCAGACAUGUGCAGUAAGUCGGCCAACUACUGUUUCCCCAGCCACGAAACGCCCCAGGGCUGCCUGCUGCUCUGUGAGGUGGCGCUGGGCAAUAUGCACGAAUGUUCCACCGCUGAUGAUUCUAAACUGAAGGGCGAAUACAAUAGUCGAAAAGGUAUGGAGUGUUUUUUUAAUACUAAAUUUCGUCUACUGCGCUGCGCUCAGUAGUUAUGUUUUAACUGCCGCAUAUUUUCUAAUCGCUCCACAGGUGUUGGCGCGACCUGUCCUGAUCCGGAUACCUACUACACCGACGAGAACGGGGUGGUCUACCCCACUGGUCAGCCAAAGAGUACCGCGGUUUCCGGUCACCUCCUGUACAAUGAGUUUAUUGUCUACAAUACGGCUCAAGUGAGGCAGAAGUACCUUGUCUGGGUCAACUUCAAGUUCAAGUAG